UUUUGGUCUUAAAGUUUACUCUUACUUUUGGUCUACAUAUAUAUAUUUAUAAUUUUUUUUUGUGAAAAUAAUCCUAGGAUAUUGUUUUCUAAUUUGCACAUGUCACAUUUUUUUGCACUUUUCUGACCCUUUUACCCAUGUACCUACAGUAUGGAAAGGACACAAAGAGAGAGGGUAUGUCAGAGGAGGAGCUGUUGUCAAAGAAGUCUGAUACAGAAAACAUUCAGCAGAACCUGUUGCUCCCUAGAGGUAUUCCAGAGGUUCGCCACCGUGCUUCGUACCAGGUGAGAAUCUAUAAGGCAGAAGACUUACCUAGGAUGAAGUCUGGGUUGAUGGCUAAUGUGAAGAAAGCCAUGACUGGAGAUGACAGGCCCUCAGUUAGUCCUUAUGUUCAGGUCUCAUUUGCUGGACAAACAGGCCGUACUUCUGCAGACAAGUCUACCUAUGACCCUGCUUGGAAUGAGCAGGUGGUGUUCACGGAUCUGUUCCCCCCUCUCUGCCAGAGGAUUAAGGUUCAGCUGCGGGAUGAUGACAUGGUCCUGGACUCUGUGAUAGGGACACACUAUGUUAAUAUGAACCAUAUAUCAAGCAGGGGAGCCAAAGGGUUCAUGCACACAUUUGGUCCAUGCUGGGUCAAUCUGUAUGGCUCUCCCAGGGGUUACAUGCUCACUGACAGCCAUGACUACUUGAAUGAUGGGAUAGGUGAAGGUGUUGCCUAUAGGGGGCGCCUGCUUAUUGCAGUGAAAGUUGAAAUCCUAGGAAAUUCGGAGUCCAGUCCAUUGCAAGUGACACGUGAAGCUACAAUGCCAAUUUCUGAGAAUGCAGCAGGUGUUAAAAUGGAAUACUUUCUCUGGGGUACUAUUUUGGAAGCAACAAUGAUUGAUAAGAAGUUUGCAGACAAGUUUGUUUCAUUUGAACUAAGUAUGGGUAACUAUGGCAAUUCCAUAGAUGGAAAACAUUUCUACAGACACACAUCUCUGGAUGAACAUGCACAAGAAGAACCUCAACAGGAGACUGAGGAAAUGGUGCUCAACCAGACACCACCAAUGAAACCCCAUAGUAGAGGGAAAAAUUACUACCACAUACCCUUUCAUGAGAAAAAGCCGUGUUUGUAUGCUAAAACCAGAUUUGAAGACCAGCGACAGAGGUUACAGCGCACUAAUGUUCUGAAUGCAAUGGUGGAAUCUCUAGAAGAUGAACUGAAAGAGGUUCAGCAUCUCCUGGACCAUGAAGAACCAGGGGGCAAACGUAUGCGCCGUGCUCUGAGUCAUUUUGCUAACAGCUGUAGCCAGUUUUGUAACUCUAUCCAUGGACAGGCAGCAAGAGCAACAUCGGGAAAAACCAAAUUAGACAAGGAAAGACUGAAAAUGCUGGAAAGAAAGAUUAGUAAAUUUGGAACAGAGGCAAGGCAACUCAAGGCAGGUAUCAAAUCAGUUGAAGACACUGAAAAAGUUUUAGAAGCUAUGAAGAAAUCCAAACAGAUGUUGAAGAAAGUCAAGGACAUUUCAGAAGAGCCACAGCAUAGCAUUCCUGAUGUGUUUAUUUGGAUGAUCGUAGACAAAAAACGUAUAGCCUACUGCAGAAUAGAUUCUAAAACAAUCCUACACUCUGCUGCAGAAGAAGAGAUGGGCAGAUAUUGUGGGAAAGUUCAUACUAGAUUUCUUAGGGGCUCCAAGAACAGGCAGGCAGUAAUUGCCCUCAUAUUUUGCACAAUGUGGUGUCAGUUUGCUCAGAAAAUGAUGUCCUGA